UGUUGUUUCCGCUAGUAGUAAGAAUUGAUAAAUCAAAACUGUUCCUCAUAAAAAGUUUUAGUUAGGCCCACAUUAAACUUAAAGCAGAUAAGUCCAGCCGCACCGUGAGAGUGGCACCGGCAGGUGAGCUUCAACCGGCUCACAGGUGAGCUCUUCUUCGGUGGUGCUCUCAGUGUUUAUAACAGCCAGUCAGAGUCACAGCUGAACUGUGACCCCGGACCUCUGGACUCCGCCGCAGGGAAACUCGUGCAAGUUUUCUUCAGUUUCCCUUCUGGAGCCAAGAUGAAGAGGAGACUUCUGCUGGUGUCCAACUCCACCUUACACGGCAGUGGCUACCUGGAGCACUGCCAGCAGCACAUCUCAGACUUCUUUGGAAGAGAUGUGAAGCGGGUGCUGUUUGUUCCUUAUGCUCUCCAUGACAGAGACGCCUACACUAAGUUAGCCAGGGACAAGUUUAAGACUCUGGGUUAUGAGGUGGACAGCAUCCAUGAGGCCUCAGACCCUGUUGAUGCUGUCCGGAAGGCUGAGGGCAUUUUUAUAGGCGGAGGCAACACUUUCCGGCUGCUGAAGAGUCUUUAUGACAACAAGGUGGUGACGGAGAUCAGGAGGAGAGUGAUUGAGGAUGGUAUUCCCUACAUGGGCUCCAGUGCAGGCACUAAUGUGGCCACCGUCAGCAUCAGCACCACUAACGACAUGCCCAUCGUUUACCCUCCGUCCUUCUCUGCCAUCGGCCUCGUCCCCGUCAACAUCAACCCACACUACCUGGACCCUGACCCCACCAGCUGCCACAUGGGGGAAACCAGAGAGCAGAGGAUCACCCAGUACCAUGAAGAACCCGAUACUCCACGUGUCCUGGGUCUGAGGGAGGGCUCUCUGCUGCUAGUGGAGGGAAACAAAGCCACACUACUGGGAACCACUAAGGCCAGACUGUUCAGCAGAGGGAAGCCCACAGUGGAGUAUUGCCCAGGCAGUGACCUUAGCUUCCUGCUAGCAGAUGCACACUGAUCAGUCAAAUGGAAGCAAGAAGUGGAGCUCACCAUGGAAGGAAUAUUUGUGGUUGAAACAGAAUAAAGAUUUUAAGGAAACAUCUAGCAAAUCUCUCCAGUAAAUGUUAUAUG